CGGCGCCAUUUUGGGACUGAGACUGGUUGUGGGGGAGGGAAAAGCGGCAAAAGGGGAUUAUUCAAAGUACCGAAAACCUCCUCCCGGGAUCGAGCGCAGCGGCACCCCCAGGCCAGGGGCACCUCUGGUGGGGCAGAAGGUGACUGAGUUUGGCAGAUAUGAAGAUCAUCAUCUAGGUUUUGUUUAAAGGCCCCGGAUAUUUCAAGUGGCCAUUUUGGAAUUACAGUUUGUUUUUGUUUGGGGUAAUUUUGCCCCAGAAGUUUAUUAAAAUUGGCAAGAAUCAUCUCUGAAGUGAAUGAUAGUAGUGAACAACGAGCUACUUAAAAGACCCAGCCAUUUCUUCAGUAUUUUGGUUCAAACGGAUUAUAUAAGUGGUUAAAGUAUUUCGUCUGGUGUUAAUUUUGUCUCUUCCCCCUCUCCUGUUGGUGUUCUUCAGCCAAAACUGUAAGAUAUGUUUGAUUUGUGUACUGAGUAGUUUCAGCAGUUUCAAAUUACUGUUUAAAUAUUGCUGAAGUUUUGUGGCAGUUCUUUUUACCUUUAUUAAAAGUUUUAGUAAUUUUUGACUUCAGCUCUUUUCAUAUUACAAUGGGACAGCUUUUCUAAAUGAAGACAUUGAAAGAAUACAGAGUUUUUUUCUUCUUAUCUUUUAUUUACUUGGGAAUGUAAGAUGUUCCAGUUCCACAGCAGCAUGGUAGUGUUGAGAUAGCUCUUUGUUGUCUGUAUACGCUGAUGUUUAGACGUAAUCUUCAGAUGUGAAAUUUUUCUUUUUGUUUCUGCUUUUUGGCACAUAAAUUGGAUAUUUCAUCUGGAUUGGAUAAGUACAACAGUGACAAAUACAUGGAAUAGUAAAGAAGACCUUGCUCUUGAAUCCAAGGAACUUGGCUAAUUCUGGAUCUAGCCAUAUGAAAACUUCAAAAUAAAUAUGGGUAGCUGACUUCAAGUAACUCUAUGUCAAAUAGUCAUAGGUUAAGUAUCUUCAAAGAACUUGGAUAUUUCAGAGGAUACAAAAUAAAAAAACAAACUGGAAAACAUAAAGCUUAUAGAGAAAAAAUCAACACCUUCCUGUGCAGUCCCCUUGGAAUUUGGACUUGCCAUGAGGUGUUGAAGCCUUGUUUCACUGAGUUGGAGAGACUGGACCUAAAUGGCGCAGCAUGACUUUGCUCCAGCCUGGCUUAAUUUUCCUACUCCUCCAUCAUCAACAAAGUCAUCAUUGAAUUUUGAGAAGCAUUCUGAAAAUUUUUCAUGGACAGAAAAUCGUUAUGAUGUGAGUCGUCGACGACACAAUUCUUCAGAUGGCUUUGAUUCUGGUAUUGGACGUCCUAAUGGAGGUAAUUUUGGGAGGAAAGAAAAAAAUGGAUGGCGUACGCAUGGCAGAAAUGGUACAGAAAACAUAAAUCAUCGAGGGGGAUACCAUGGUGGAAAUUCCCGUUCUCGUAGCAGUAUUUUCCAUUCUGGAAAAAGCCAAGGACUACAUGAAAACAACAUCCCUGACAAUGAAACUGGGAGGAAAGAAGACAAAAGAGAACGCAGACAGUUUGAGGCUGAGGAUUUUCCAUCUUUAAAUCCUGAAUAUGAGAGAGAACCAAAUCAGAAUAAAUCUUUAGCUGCGGGCGUAUGGGGCCUACACGCCCAGACACACACAUACCCAACCAAAAAAAUCUCCCAAGCUCCUCUCUUAGGACAGUCCAUCAUUCUUUGCACUGAGGACCUCAUUGAAGAAACAGCCAGAGUAUUUCUUGCUUCAAGGAAUCCAAUUUUAGGAAAGGUGAAAUUUGUAGUCAGAAUUAAUUUGAGGCUCAAAACUAAAACAAAACAAAAGCGAACUUGUCUGUAUACUCUGUCUUUUCUGCCUCCUUUUCAUAUGCCACACAUUCCUUUUUUGAGUUAGGGUCUCAGUAGGCAGUGCAGGCCAAUGUGAACCUUGUGACUAUUCCCUCAACUUCUCAAACUUUGGGUAUGCAGGCAUGUACCAACACCACAUCCAUCUUGUUUGUGCUUUUAAAUGCAGUGAUGACAUAUAUUUAUAAAAAUUUUAUUUGUUCAUGUUUUCAACCUUUGUCAAACCAUUUUCUUGAUGUUUAAACAGAGAAUAGGUUAUGAAUUACAUAAUUUCGGCUGAAAAAAUUCUGUUUUACUUCCAUCAAAAGUUGACAUUUUCAUUUCAUUUCAUUGCUUCUGAGAGUCUACAGGGCAGAUUAUUAGAUCAUUCUCAGCUGUUAAACUUCUCAGUGCCCAUUCUAAACUGAAUCUUUUCCCUUCACAUCUUCCUUUGGCAGUGUCUAUUGAUCACCCUAUUGCUGGCACCUCUACUUCGAUAUAGCUUAUUUACUUACUUGGUCCAUUACAGUAGCGUAAUGUAAAAGAAUCUGAGGGAAGGAGGAUGAACUUAGUUGCUUAGCCAUAUUGAACAGAUCUUAUCAGUCAUGUUUGUGAUGUACUGAUUGAAAUGUUCCUGUUUCAAAGCCUGAUAUCUGAUUCCCUGAAACUCAUUACCUUUUGUAUUUUGUAAACAUCAGUUAUGCCUCACAUUCUUUGAUGUUAUUUAAAAUUCUAGCCUAAGAUAUUGUCUUAUAUAAUUCCAACCUCUUUCUCCCCUUUUGAGAGCACUGAAUCUUAACCAUGGACUACCAUGAAUUUUCUUCCCCCUGUUUUGACAUUACUGUGUUAAAUGAAACAAGUUUGGUACUCCUAUCUCCUUUUUUUUAAGUGCUAGGACUAUAAAUGCCACCACGACACUCUUAAGGAACCUCUUGGUAGGAGGAAUCAAGCAGUGUCUCAGUUUUAGCAUAAGCAGGCCAAAACUCUGCCACCAAUCAUACCCAGCUAAGAGCCUGGAUUUUUCUUAAUGUUUAUUAUUAAUAGUUUAUUCAUGCUAUUACCUUUUUUCUAAAAACUGCUAAAACAGUUGAGUGUCUAGUAUUUGUUAUUCUAUAUUUCAGAUCUUCAUUUUUAUUUUUGGUUUUCUUCAUUGUAUAAUAAUAUACUUAGUUAAACUACUUUGACAGUUUUCUUUGUGUUAUGUGUUUGAAAGUUAUUUUCAAGCUAUUAGGUCUUUUAGGUACCAAAACUUAUAGGAUAUUUUCCCUAAUAAUUGAAUAUAUAUUUGAUUUUUGGUAAGAUUUCUCAUUUUUUUCUAAGCUCUCAUUUGUCUGUCAGCAUGGCAGUAGAUGAAAUGUCAGUUUGAUCUUUUGGAGAGUUUGGAGUCUUAGAUGAACUGAGUCUUUCCAAGUUUUCUUUUCUUUUUUUUUUUUUUUUUUUUUUUUGGGUUCUUUUUUUUUCGGAGCUUGGGACCGAACCCAGGGCCUUGCGCUUCCUAGGCAAGCGCUCUACCACUGAGCUAAAUCCCCAACCCCUCUUUCCAAGUUUUACAAGGAGUUCUUACAGUUUUAAUACCAUGAUAGGAAGUUGGUAGUUUGGGGACAGGGUAUCAGCACAAAUGUCCACCUAGAUUAUCAAUUCAUAAAGUGUGUCAUUAAUAUUCUGAGCUAAUUUUAUUUUAGAUUUUCUUCAGAGGUUUUGGUCUAAGUGAACUAUUGUAUCUAAUUAUUGUAAAUUUUCUAAUUGUGAAACAUAACUUUCAGAAAUUUUUAUAAGGCAUGUAGAAUAUACUUUAUAAUGGUAAUUAUGCAUAAUACCUGUUUGAUUAUACAUAUAAACUUACUAAAUUCCAGGGAAAAAUUUCAUACUUUUAGCAAGUCUUGAGAAAAAAAUAUUUAUCUACUAGUUAUUCCCAGUACUAGCUUUAGAAAACAGAUUGAGUUGGUUGCCCUGACCUCACAUGAUGUGACGUCUUAUUUUAUAAGUAGACGGACUGUUAAAUAUUUUAAUGAAUUGGUAUUAUGAAAAUAAUCUUUUUAUUUUUAACUUCUAGUUGAUUAAUAGACAUUUAGAAAUAUUGGGACUGUUAGUCCUCACUUAUUGAUUAUGAGUUUACUAGUAUAAUAGAAGGAUUUAAAAAAAAGAGAUUUUGACAAAAGUUUUAAGACUAGCAUAAGCAGAAGCUAGAGCUUUCGUAUUGUAAGCCUUGACUUAUUAGCAUGGAGAGUUUACAGAUUUUAUUUUUAAACAGGUGAAAAUUAUAUAAAUUUUAAUUCUGGUUUUUCAUUUAUAUCUUUUAACUUGUAGUUAUCUGUAUUAGUAAGAAUUACCCAUUUCUUACAUUUUAUAAGAUUUUAACUUUAAGCUGGAAUUUGAUUUACUCAGAUUAACCCCAAACCAGCUGAUAUUACUAUUUUUUAAAAUUCUGUUGAGGUUUGCUAGGGUGAUUUUAUCCUAAAAUUUGAAAUUGUAUAUAACACUUUUUUGUGCUUUAUUUAUGCAGAAUAUCCCCCGAAUCCUAAAUCUAGAACUCCAAGAAUGCUGGUCAUUAAGAAAGGUAAUACAAAA